AUUGACGGCGGUGUCUUCCCUUCCCACCGAACACACCAUGCCAUCCACCCUCCCUCACGUGAAUGUCAUCCCACCUGCACAUAUAUAUCACAGCUCGACCAAUCCCCUCAUUGCUGGGAUCGACGGGCAACCAACGACAACACCCAGCACGGCACAACCGACAUAUCAAACACCGCGCACGAGCCAAUUCAUCAAAUGUGGCACACACGAGGACAGAGCCACAUACAUCCAAACGUCCAACUAGCUCUACACACAUACAUUCAAACGUGUCGACAACUUGUCGACAGACAGAAACGAUGCAAUCCUAUCAACACAAGGCACAUUUACCGAGAGGGAGAGAUACACAUUGACCCCCCCACCCCUGUGCAGUGCAAGCCCCCGCAUGCACUCAGUCAAGUCAGCCCGCAGAAGAGAAGUCAGCAAAGAUGAAAACAGCCCAUGAACUCAUCUCAGGCUGUCUGCUGUACGUACACAUGUGUGUGUGUAUCUCAGCCCAGCCUCAGUGAGUGCAUCCAGCCAUUGACGGAUGCGUGCCUCUCAUCUAGAAGCCCAACGCACUUCCGGCCGAGCGGACGGCAUUUCCGACGGACUGGACGGCCUUCCGACCCUCACGGCCGACAUCCUCGACAGCAAGGUUAGCAGGAGAAUGGACGAAGUUGACGUGGGGGACACUGACACUUGGAAGCCUGACGCCACCGAAUUGGGCGCGACGCAGUGGCGGCUGACUGCAGACAGACAGACAGACAGACAGACAGACAGAGAUGUGUGGCUCGUGUGUGGUGUGUGCUUGGUUGGCCUUUUCCUACUUGUCAUGGGCGGCCUUGGCACGGAAAGAGCGGAGCACAUUGGGCGCAGCAGCCUCGUUGGGCCCUCCAGACACCACCAUGGCCAUGGCGACCAAAACAACAGCCGUCGUCAUUGCGAAGCGGACCAUCGAUGAUUGAGCGGCCGAGGGACGACAGACACGACUAAGACUGACAGGAGUCGGGGCAGAGAGAGACUGGACAGCUGAGGGGGCCGAGGGAGGAAGCAGUGCAAAGAGAGCGAUAGAUGGGCUGGGUGGGAGGAA